AUGCAGAUUGCUUCUUAUAGUUUGUUCCCUCUCUGUUGUGAAGAGAGCCUUCGACGGUACGCACCACAUGACAAGGUAAAUUCUGAUGCAGAGACAUUUGCUUUGCCGGGUCUUCCUGAUGACAACAUUAUAUUUACCAAGAGUAAAAUCCCAUAUUGGUUUAAGGACAAAGGAACUGGUUAUGGACAAUUAGUUGACGAGGUUAUAAAGUCUGAGUUGAAAAGCUAUGGGGUUAUAGUUAACAGUUUUUACGAGUUGGAACCAGCUUAUGCUGAGUAUUUCAAGAAUGAAAUGGGUAGAAAGCUAUGGCUCGUAGGACCGGUGUAUCUGUUCAACAAAGCAGAUGAAGAAAAGGCCGAGAGGGGCGAAAAGAACUCCAUUGAUGAAGCUGCGAUUUUGAAAUGGCUUGACUCCAAACAACCCAAGUCAGUACUUUAUGUUAGUUUCGGGAGUCAAUCUAGUAUGGCUCCAGAGCAGUUCCUCGAGCUUGCUUAUGCGCUCGAGGCUUCUGGGUGCCCAUUCAUUUGGGUGGCCAGAGAUAUGUUAGAGUACGGCCAAGAAGAGAAAGAAAAGAAAGAAGGAAAUGAAAAUCGCGGCAAAAAGCUUCCAGAGGGAUUUGAAGAGAGGAUGACCAAGUCCGGACAAGGGUUGAUAUUAAAGAAGUGGGCACCACAGUUGUUAAUUUUAGAACAUGCCAAUAUUGGAGGGUUCUUGACACACAGUGGAUGGAACUCGACGAUUGAGGGAAUAGGAGCGGGUGUUCCGAUGAUCACAUGGCCGUUCAUAGCGGAACAAUUCUUCACUGAAAGCCUUGUCGUGGAUGUGUUGAAGGUUGGGAUUCGUGCGGGGAAUGAGGAAUGGUCAUCUUAUAUUUGGGAACCCAAGUUGACUGUGACCAGAGAGAAGGUGGAGGUGGCGGUGAAGUGGCUGAUGGGUGGUGGUGCUGCUGAUGAAGUGGAGGCGAUGAGAAGGCGAGUAAAGCAGUUGAGUGAGAAGGCUAAGAAAGCUAUAGACCAUGGUGGCUCGUCUAAUGCUGAUGCCAUUGCUUUGAUCAAUGAGCUUAAAUCUCGGCAUCUUUGUAGACAUGAAUCCAGAUCAUCUGCCCCUGGUGUGCAACAUCUCUCUGCCUUCAAUAUUAAAGCGACAAAGGAGUUGAAGUUAUAUGAUGUUUAUCUGAGCUCUCAUCAGUGGAAUGUGGGUCUCAUAAUAGAGGAUUAA